AAACACAACAAUUAAAAUUGAACCGAUAGAUUAUCUUCAAGUGAAACAAGAAUUGGAUGAUUACGAUAAUAAUUAUCUAGAAAACGACCAAGUAUAUCUACAACGAUUUCUGAAAUCUGAGGUAAUAAUCGAAGAAGAAAUAAAGCAAGAAACGUUUGAUGAGCAAAAUGAAGAAAUCUUUAAUUCAAAUAUUGUAGUGGGUAAUGCAAGCAAAUCGUUUGAAAGAGUUCCAGAAAAGAACACCCAUAAUUUGAAACGCCAUGAAUGUGAAAUAUGCAAUAAAACAUUAGCGACAAAACAAACAUUAAAUCAACAUAAAAUGAUUCACACUGGAGAAUAUCCUUAUAAUUGUGAAUUAUGCAAUAAAACAUUUGCAACAAAGUCAAAAUUAAACAGACAUAGAAUGAUUCACACUGGAGAAUGCCCUUAUAAAUGUGAGACAUGCAAUAAAAAAUUUAAAGAAAAGCAAAAAUUAAACCGACAUAAAAUGAUUCACACUAAGGAACGCUCUUAUGAAUGUAAGACAUGCAAUGAAACAUUUACAACAAGGCAAAACCUAUACCUACAUAAUGUGAUUCACACUGGAGAACGUCCUUACAAUUGUGAAAUAUGCAAUAAAGCAUUUACAUUGAAGCAAAGCUUAAGCCGACAUGAAAUUAUUCACAUUAGAGAAUACCCUUAUGAGUGUGAAAUAUGUAAUAAAACAUUCACAAGAAAAGGAUACUUAAAGCUACAUAAAAUGAUUCACACUGGAGAACAUCCUUAUAAUUGUGAAAUAUGCAAUAAAACAUUCACAACAAAGCAAAAUUUAAACCGACAUAAAAUGGUUCACACUAGAGAACAUUCUUAUAAUUGUGAAAUAUGCAAUAAAACAUUCUCAUCGAAGUACAGCUUGAACCGACAUAAAAUCAUUCACACUGGAGAAUACUCUUAUACAGUGGUGCCUCGGAUAACGCACUUAAAUCCUUCUGGAAGAAAGUUCUUUAUGAGAAUUUAAAAAUAAAAUUAAUUUCUUCUGCUUUGUGUGUGAAUCUCUGUGAAUUUUGCUUUUUUUUCAUGACAAAGUCCUUAAUGUCUGCACUAGAAAUGAGUUGACAGGGCUUUCAUAUCUUUCGUUUUUUCAGUUUUCUCUCAAAAUUUUCCCUAAAUUUUCAAGAUGAGAAAGUGUAUUAUCUAAUAAUAAUAAGUGCUUUAAGUGUGAGCUUUUGAUCUAACAAGUAUAUUAACAUAAGAAUGAAUGAACAUCAAAUUGGCCUGAAAUGACCUAUA